AUGACUUCUAUGCCUAUGGUGCACUCCAAGUCUAAAACAGAACGCACAGUAGCUGAUGAAAUUCGUCCGGAUGGAACUCGUACUAUUACCAUAAUUGAUACUGUUGAAGAAACCAUUGAAAAAGUUACACCGAUAGAUAAGGUAGAAGAAGAAGAAUUAGUGAAAGAAAAAAAAGUUGAGCAACAAGAGGAUAAUAAAUCGAAAGAUAGUGAAAAGAAGCAAGAAAAUGAUAAAUUAAUCAAUAAUGAUAAUCUGAGUAAUGAGGUCAAAGAAGGAAAAAAAGUUGAGCAGCGAGAGGAUAAUAAAUCGAAAGAUAAUGAUAAGAAACAAGAAAAUAAUAAAUUAAUCAAUAACGAUAAUAUGGAUAGAGAGGUCAAAAAAGAAGAAAAAAUUGAGGAGCAAGGGAACAAUAAAUCAAACAAUAAUGACAAGAAGCAAGAAAAUAUUAAUGAGGUCAAAGAAGGAAAAAAAGUUGAGAAGCAAGAAAAAUCGAAAAAUAGUGACAAGAAGCAAGAAGAUAAUAAAUUAAUCAAUAAUAAUAUUUAUCUUAUCAAUGAGGUCAAAGAAGGAACAAAAGUUGAGCAGCAAGAAGAUAAUAAAUUAAUCAAUAACAAUAAUAUGGAUAGGGAGGUCAAAAAAGAAGAAAAAGUCGAGGAGCAAGAGAAUAAUAAAUCGAAAGAUAAUGACAAGAAGCAAGAAAAUAUUAAAUCAACCACCGGUAAUAUUGAUUAUCUUAUCAAUGAGGACAAAGAAGGAAAAAAAGUUGAGAAGCAAGAAAAAUCAAAAGAUAGUGACAAGAAGCAAGAAGAUAAUAAAUUAAUCAAUAAUGAUAAUCUGGGUAAUGAGGUCAAAGAAGGAAAAAAAGUUGAGCAGCAAGAGGAUAAUAAAUCGAAAGAUAAUGAUAAGAAACAAGAAGAUAAUAAAUUAAUCAAUAACGAUAAUAUGGAUAGGGAGAUCAAAAAAGAAGAAAAAAUUGAGGAGCAAGGGAAUAAUAAAUCGAACGAUAAUGACAAAAAGCAAGAAAAUAUUAAAUCAACCACCGGUAAUAAUGAUUGUAUUAUCAAUGAGGUCAAAAAAGAAGAAAAAGUCGAGGAGCAAGUGAAUAAUAAAUCGAAAGAUGAUGACAAGAAACAAGAAGAUAAUAAAUUAAUCAUCAAUAAUAAUAAGGAACAAGAAAAAUCGAAAAAUAAUGACGAGAAGCAAGAUGAUAUUAAAUUAUCAAUCAUCAAUAAUAAUAUUGAA